AUGUCCGGCCAGGAGACUUCCCCGCAGUCUCCCCCCGCCAACACCGGCAAGCAUCGAAGGCCUUGGACAUCCACCGAGGACUCGGCCUUGAGGACGCUGGUAGCUCACUUUGGAGACAGCAGAGGACCCGAAGGCAGGUGGAAGGACAUUGCUGCCGGUCUCCAAGGUCGGACAGCCAAGGACUGUCGCAAACGCUGGUUUCACUCCCUUGACCCGUCGCUGCGCAAGGGUAGAUGGACAGCCCAAGAGGACGAGCUUCUCCUUUCAGCGUAUGCACGUCUUGGGCCGGCCUGGCAUGAUAUUGCCCUUCUCAUUCCUGGCAGGAAAGACGACCAAUGUUCAAAGAGGUACAACGACAUUCUCAAUCCAUCUGCCCAAAACCGCCUGAGCGAUUGGACAGCUCAGGAGGACAACCUACUCCGCCAAGGUGUCGCUACAUUAGGUCAUCGCUGGGCAGCUAUAUCAUCGCGGAUACCUGGCCGUCCACCUCUCACCUGCCGCAACCGCUGGCGCACUCUCUCUCGUCAAUCCCAUUCCCGCAUCGCCAAAUCCCAAGGCAACACACCAUCGUCAUCGACGUCGCAAAUGUCCCCCAUGGAUAGCGGAGUAUCACCUGCACCCCAGAAUCUCACUAUCGACAUGGAAUCUGGAAGCGGGAACGCAGGCGAGCAGAUUAUGCCAUUCUCCGCCUUGGAGGCCGAGGCUGGUGAUCAGACAGGGCCCAGUUUCCUCGACUCGGCCUUUUACGAAACCUUUUCUGGUCCCUCGCCGCCAUCGCUCAAUGAUGCUGACGGCGAGAAUGCCGAAAAAGCCAACGGGACUGGCGUGUCGUCCGAUUCUGUUCUUCUUGGGGAUCUCCCAUCAAGCUUCUCGGAUCAGACACAGACCGCAAAGGCGUGGACCCAGCCCAGGCCAUUACACACAAGACACCGUCAGGAUAGCACCACAGGAGCAUUCAUGCCUUCGCCAUCAAGUUGGUCCUCCAUGAGCUCAAUGGUUGCCACGGGCACAUCACCGCCGGCUGACCAAAGCUUGUGGCUCGGAUCGACGGGUGCUUCGUCUGCGCCCAAAAAUUGGGGGAUCCCAGGGGACGAUGCAAUGCUUCAAUCUUACGCCGAAUCAUUUCAAUUACCAACUACGACACAACAAACAGUUCACCAUCACCAUCAUCACCACAUACAUCAUCACUUCCAUCAUUAUCAUCAUCAUUCGGGCGAAGACUCGUGGCGGCAGCUCGAGCGGCAAUCAGAGGCCGAGGCAAUGCAGUCGCAAACGCAAAAUAAUACUACCAGACAACCAAAUUCAGGAUAGGAGUUUCAAAUUCACGAGAUACCAUGUUU